AUGGCUGGCAAGAUUAUCCUUGAUCACCUGGCAUAUGUGAUCUAUGAGCAUCCUGACCUUCAAAUAUUAAAGGAAUUUGCUUAUGACUUCGGCUUUGAUAUCGCAGGAGAAGUCGACGGCUCACUAUACCUAAAAGGUUACGGGAUAGACCAUUACAGCUAUAUUGCCACUCAAGCACCAGCGGGGAAACAAAAACGGUUUAUUGGUGCCGGAUUUGUGGCAAAUUCAGCUGAGGACUUUGCCCGGGCAUCUGAGUUGGAGGGGGCCAAGGUUAAGAGCGCGGAAAGUUUGCCUGGAAGCGGUCAAAUUGCAAUUCUCAAUGAUCCAAAUGGAUAUCAAAUGCAUGUCAUCUGGGGCCAGGAACCGAAAGAUGUCCCUAUGCAGCCAAAGUCAGCGAGCAUUGACAUAAAUACGCCCGUGAACGGUGCUGUUGAAAAGAAGCGGAAGGGUCAAUUUGUGCGGCUAACAUCAGGCCCGGCGAAGAUCCACAAGUUGGGCCAUUUCGGGUAUAUAACGGACCACUACCGAGAUACAUGCGCGUGGUAUACGGACCGGUUCAAUUUCACACCCACAGACAUCCUAUAUGCACCCGAAGAUGCAUCUGUGGAUGUAUCUGCUUUCUUCCGCCUUGACCUGGGGAAAAAAUACGUCGAUCAUCAUUGUUUCCUCGUCACAAAGGGAGAGAGUGCAGGUACUAAAGUACAUCACUCGUCAUUCGAAGUGGAAGAUCUGGAUACGCAAUUCAUGGGUCAUAAAUGGCUGGAAGCCAAGGCUUAUCGGCUCGUUUGGGGGAUAGGUCGCCACGUUCACGGUUCUCAAGUUUUCGAUUACUGGUACGAUCCAAGCGGCUUUAUUAUUGAGCAUUAUGCAGAUGGAGAUGUGGUGAACGAAGAUACAGAGCUUACACGAGCUGCGGCUGGCAACAUGGCUGUCUGGGGCCCGCCCGUUCCGGCGAUCUGGGGCGGAUCACAUUAA